AUGUCUCGACCUUCUAUUCAUAAUAUUAACGGAAGAAGUGUUUUAUCGGUUGAACAAUAUUACUUGUUUCAUUAUGAAUUGCCACCCGUAAAUUCAUUCGACUACAAUAAUUGUAAUGGUUUCAUCGUUUAUCGUUCGAUAUUACAUAAAGAACUCCGUGGGAUUGGUACCGGGGAAUUAUCCGGAAUAGCGAGCGAAACUUGGCAUAUUGCCAAAGAAGAUUUCCGUACAUUUUUUAACGAUUAUGCACAAAAAAUAAAUCAAGCUGUUAAGAAAAAAUGUUCAAUAACAUUUAAACAUUAUGAAGUAAAACCUAAUAAACGUAAAAAUAAGACAUUCAUCCAACAAAGUAAGUAUCCAUAUGUUAAACAAGAAGAAGUAACAAAAAAAAUGAAUGAGGUAGUAUAUCCUCACUUAGCGAAAAUUGCUAGAGACACCUUGCAAUUUCGGAUGAUUUUGAUGAUUAAUAAAGCAACCAGCAUUCCAGUAGUUUCCAGUGGAACCGAUUUGAUAGCUGCAAAAAGAUGUAGUCUUAAAGCAGAUACAAUUAGAGCAUGCAUGUGUUUAAAGUCCUGGCAGAUAUAAAGUAUAGUCAAAUUUCUGUUAAAGCAAGUGAUAUAAUUUCGAUUUUAUAGUUCAAAUAUAAAGCAAUAAAUAAACAGAAAUUAAAGAUAUCUUUAAAUUCGUGCUUAGCUUUAGUUUUAAUAACAAAAAGUUGUGUGAUCAUCUUGUAGAUCAAUUACCUUGCGUUAUUGAAAAAAUUAUAUUUGAAAAAAUAUUUUUGAUAUAUUACUAAGCAUACAGUAUAUUAUCCAAUGAAAAUUUCGGGUCUAAACCGGGUUAUUAGAAUUAAAUAUAC